AUGGAUAAAGAGCAAACUAGAGUGUGUGUCAUGAAACAUUUGAAAGAAGACUGGGCGAAAUUUGAUAUUUUAACUUGUAUCAGGUAUUGUUUUUUGUUAGUAGAGUACAGGAUCACCUUCGACUACAGUUUGAAAGAUAUAUACAUUAUUGAUUUCAAUACCGUUUCUAUGAAUGAUAUCACAAAACUAAAUCUUGUUGUUUUAAGAGAUGCUGACAUUUUAGCCAGGACAGUUUAUGAAUUAAGGAUAAAAAGUAUUCAUUUAAUUAAUGCUCCUUCCUAUGUGGACUUAUUCGUGUCUUUAUCCAAAAAAGUGUUGAGUGCAAAAAUAGGAAGCAGGAUAUUUACUCACACUUCAUACGAAACAAUACAUGACUAUGUAUCGAAAGAGAUUUUGCCUGAGGACUACGGUGGUGAUGGGCCAAGCUUGGCGAAAUUACAAGAGCAAUGGAGAGAGUACUUAAAGUCAGAUGAAGUAAGAAAAAUUAUAGAGACUUCUAACAACCUUAAGAGUGAUGAAUCAAGACGUAAUUGUGCUAAAUUUAAUGAAGAAUAUUUGGGAAUGCCGGGGUCUUUUACGAAACUAAAUGUUGAU